AUGGAGCACGAAAAUGUCGACGCAAAGCUUCGAAGCCGUCUGGCGCUGCGAUCAGCAGUGGGCGAAGUCCGACAGAACCUCAAGGAUGCGAGAAAGGCGCGGAGGGAGGACUGGGAGCUGGGUCCUCUGGCUCCCAAGCGCGACCUGGGCUUCAACGACUACGGCGCCUUUAAGGAAAAUGUGCGGCAGGACUGGUCAAACUACGGCCUGCACCAGCCGAACCCAAAGGUCGUCGAGCAGCGAUGCGCCUGGGCUGGAGGCGUCAAGCAGCUGAAUCUUGCGCCUGGAGACCGAGUGGUGAUUCGAGACGGGCCCGACAAGGGCAAGAUUGAUCGCAUCAGGUCGGUCCAGCCGCAGGUUGGCACCGUCACCCUGGAAAACCGCCAUCAGGCCGUUGUUCAGGGCAUGUUUGGCAACCCCAGCCGACCGCAGCCCAUGCCGAUAUCCAUCGCCUCCAUUCGCCUAGUAUACCCCAUCACGAACCCCGAGACUGGAGUCACGCGAGACGUCGUCAUCAACCAGCUCAAGGCAGUGCCUCCCAACAUGCAGUCCCCCAACAUGUCCCUGGACCGCUGGCGGUACGGCAAGAAGUGGGAUCGCCUGGUUCCCGGGCUCAACGUUGUGAUUCCCUGGCCCGCAGUUGAGGUGCCCGAGUUCGAGACCACGGACGCCGACACCAUUCGAGAGCAGGUGGAGGAUAGGACAUUCUACUACGGCCUGUUGUCGCCGCCAAUGCCAGAGCAAGUGGUGGACGAAUUGAGAAACAAGUUUUCGAAAUUCAGAACAAGGCACGAGGCGUGGUAUAUCCAGAAGAAGCAGGCAGAGGAGGCUUUGAAGAAGGGCCGGCUGGAGGCUCUCAAGGCCAUGCAGACGCCAUUGGACGAGUUCCACGAGAAGAACCGGGCCGCCCGUGCAGAGGCUGGAGAGCCCGAGCUCUCAGAAGAGAUGCUGGCCAAGAUUGGCGAGUUUAUGGCCAAGAAGAAGUCGGCGGCUCUGGAAAAUGCCGGCGCAUCGGAGGUGUCGACAGCGCCAGUUCCGCCGCAGGAGACUACGAAUGCACCAUGA